UUCCAAAAAAAUUUCAGAAACUCCCCUCUUCUUCUUCUUCUUCUUUUCUUCUUUUCUCUUUAGUAGUCACCAUCAUUUUCAUUUCCAUCUCCAUCACCAUCAUCUCUCCUUCCCUUACUUCUCCUUCUCUCGCUUAACAGUGACACAAUUCCAGCUUUCACCACAACUAUAUGCACAAAGAACCAACCAACCUAAAAAGAUCAGCAGAAGCAAAUACAUACCACCUACAACUAUAAAUUAAAAUCAAACACCACAAUUUACCUCACUCAGUAAUAGGGCAGCACGCCUCCAGGAGAGGCGGGUCUUGGCAUCGGAAUAGGCUGCGACUGCUGUGACAAAUUGCAAACGAGGGUAAACCACCAUAAUGGGAACCAUCCAUAAACCCACUAGAGGGUACUCCACCGGACGUAGGAGGCAACCUCCCACCAUACUCACUGGAAAUUGGACCGCCAAUUCCCAUAACCGCCACCACCAACCGUAGUCCCAUACCCACCAACGCCACCACCAGCAGCUAGAACAGGGUAUCCAUAAGACCGCACCGAAGGCUGCAUUCCAUAUCCGUUAUCAUGCCAACCGCCACUAGCAUAUCCAAAAAAGUUCUAGCACCUUCUUCAGUCUUGUACAUGAAGAACGCAAACCCUCUUGUUUUACUACUAUUGCUAUCAAAUUCUAAAGGACCUUCUACCUCAUCAUAUGCAAGAAAGCGGCCCCAACUAGAAAAAGAACGAAUUAGAAAAAGGAAGAUGAGAAGAGGAAGGUUCAAGAGCCAAGGAGAAGAAGGGAAGAAGAAGGGGAAGAAGAAGAGAAGUUUUUUAUUAUUAUUAUUAUUAUUAUUUUGUGAGAGAAUUUUUAGUCCCAAUAACAUGACACAUCAAGUUUUACUGGAUACCUCAGAUAAAUCACCGUUUAUCAAUCGAGAACAGAAAUUAAUUUGUACAAUUUUGUAGAUGAAUGAGACCUGGUUGAGAUUUUAAGACGAUCAAAGUACACUUUGUUCCUCGAAAAAAAGUCAGGAUCAGAUAGAGUGUAAGUAAUGUUCGGUUAGUGAAUUUACUCUUAAGACCCAAAAGUACUAAAAUAUUUCAAAUGUUUUUUCAACAGGUUUCGUGUAUAGAUGAGAGUGAUCGUUUUGAAUAAACUAAAUUAGAAGCUACCAAAAAAUUUUAUUUAAAAAGAAACAUAUAUAAAUUGUUAUUAUUCGAGCUUACACAUGAGGAAGUCAAAGUUUUAGGACGUGAAUAAGAUCGAGUGUUUUCUUAUUUUCAAGUUUGAAUGGUCAAGCGCGUUAAUUGGAGAAGAGAAGGUGCAUGUACGUAAUGUGUGUGGGGAGUGCUAGAAACUUCACAUAGCUUCUUUUUCUUUACAAAUGAUGAAUUGAUGUAUAUUGGUAACGCAUCUUCGCCCAUUCUUAGCUUUAUGCAUAUGGGAUUCCUUAUCCAAACAGUACAUAAUAUUAUUAUAAUAAAACAUGUAUAUGACCCACUUUUAUUAAUGUGGUUUGCUUCUAAUGUUAUUGUAUGUUACCCGUAUCAUUAAUUGUUUGAUUUGAGAGUUCCCCUUGUUCAUACAUAUCUUUUCUUCAUAUAAUAUAAUAAAUUAGAUAUGAGCCCAGGAAACUAUGUUAAAGAUUGUAUAGAGAGAGAGCGCGAGGUGAGUGUGUUCAUUUCACAUAAAUAAUAAUAGAAAGCAAUAAGGAAAGAUAUAAAGUGCUUAAUAGAUAGAUGGAUGAAAGAAGGCAGCAUUAUUAUGAGAGUGAGAAGAAAUUGAAGAGGUUAUUGAGAAGAAGUGUGCAGUAUGCUGUGUUGGUCUCUUUGUUUGCUUUGUUUGUUUGGUAUUCUUCAGGGUACUCCAUACUACCACAGUCUUUGAAUGCUUACUUCUCAACGUUCCUCUUUUUCAAUCUCACUCGCACCCUUCAAAGGAAAUACAUGUUCCUCCUCUGCAAUGUCAUUCUUGCUUUUCUUGCCAGCAACUCACUCUAUGAUGCACCGCUAGUCAAAGGAGAAUGUUAUUAUGAACAAGUAUCAUCAUCAGAAUUGUUAUUAGCUGAUCAAGAUUAUGAACCUUUGUUAGCAGAAAAUGAGGAAGGAAAAGAACAUGAAGAAGAAGGAGGAGGAGGGAAAGGAAUUAAUAGCGAAGAAGAAGUGGUUGAAGUUGAACUUGAGGAUGCAACAAAGGAAGAAGAAUUGGCGAAUGCAGAUGAACUGAACAGAAAGUUUGAAGAGUUCAUAAGGAAAAUGAAGGAGGAGAUCAGGAUUGAAGCUCAAACGCCCCAGAUUGCAGUAUAGUUAUUAAUUAUUUCUCAUAUUCGUCCCAUGUAUGUGUUGCGAUGAACAACUCUUUUUUCCUUUUAUUACAAUGUUACGUAUAUGUCAGUAAGCUCUUAAUAACUAGUGUAUAGUUUUCUUGGUUUUUAUAACCACUUCGUGCUUCUUCUA